UGGGGAUGUUCCUGCUGCUGAAUGAGUGUUUGUUUAUUUACUCCGGGAUUUUUACGAAUUUCAAUGAGGAGUUUUGUUAAUUUUUGAAUGAAAAUAUUCAAAGUGCGUAUAAAGAGUGUCGUCUAGUGUAAAACAUUAACCAAAUAGGCCGUUGUUUGAUGUUUUCCUUGUGCACCGGUAUCUUGGCCUCCUAAACUUAUUUGCUCCAUUUUAAAUUCAUCAAUUGAAAUCGCCAAUAAAUAAUAAUUAAAAAAGCUUAACUUAAUUGAUUAUUAAAGUAAAGAGACUAUAUAAAAUGCGAGUAAAUUAUAAUAAAUAAACUACAAAGACAACAGCAGUUUUGUUUACGUUUUUGCCCUCCUCAAUUAAAAAUGCAAUAAAAUUAAUUAAAAGAAAAAUGAAUUGGAUUCUUUGUUUACUGGUCGUAUUUGUGUUCUUCAGUACAUUUGUUGCUUCCGGACUGACGGACUACGAUGAAGAUUACGACGAAGAUGGUGAUGACUACGAAGACGAAUAUGCUACUACAAAUUCUACAUCGAAUGGUACAUUGACAUUUUUGGGUCAGCUUGCAAACGUUACACGAGAUCCAGGCACUACUGCAAAGUUUGUCUGUCACGUCCACAAUUCAGAUGCAAACAAUACAAAAGUGAAAUUCUUAUGGAAAAUCAACGAAAAACCAAUAAACAGGGGCGACAAAAGAAUAAAAAUUCGCAUCGUCACAGAAAAAGAUAGCAAUUGGAAAUCGGUUUUGACCAUAAAAAAAUUGGAUUAUUUCGACCAGGGCUUUAUUGAGUGCAGAGCCAGUAAUGGGGUGGACAAAAUCAAAUCCCAAUGCACUCUGUUGGUCACUCCUGAGGCUCGAAAAUGGGGAAGUACUGCUAUUAACUCACUGACAUUUGGAAAUCCAGAUGAAGAUAGUGGUGGAGCAGAUAUGACUACCUUUCUACCAAACGCCAUAACAAAAGACGAAGGUCCGCAAAGGAAUUUGCUUUCUACGGUACCACAAAAAUCGAAAACUUUCAGUGCCCCAAUCACAUUCGAUGUUGAUAGUAGUGGAAAAUUGACUGACAACACUGAAACUGCAAACAACGCCGUCAUUUAUAAUGCCUCAGAACCGUUUUGUCAAGUAUACAAGGGACACGUUUGCAAGAAUUUCCUAUCUAAUAAAUACGUUUUCGUUCAGCCACCCUAUACACAGGAAGAAGUCGAAAAUAAACUGUUUAAUGCUUUCGCAGUGAUAUCUAGGUCCAAUGAUAUAUCGACUAGUUGCAACAAAUUCGCCCAGCCAAGUAUCUGCUUCUCGGCCUUCCCUUUGUGUUUAGAUUACAGAGUGGUGAACCAAUAUCAGCAAACUCACAUAGCAGAUUUCAAACUGGUAACCAAUGAAACAAAGAAAAAAUUCAAAAACAUUCGGAAAAAGCUAACAAAUAGUUUAAGGAGAGUUUGCAGGGACGAAUGUAUGUUACUAGAGACGGAAUUGUGUAGUAAAGAGUAUUCUAUCGCGAAAAGGCAUCCAGUAAUAGGACAAAUUAUGGAACUGGAAGUGUGUGAAAAUCUCCCAGUCGAAAUGGACCCCAGUUCGAGUCAUUGUUUGUCGCUAGGUGUGGGCGACUUCAAAGGAAAUAAAGAUGAACAGUGCUUCUGGGAUUUGGGAGUUUCGUAUAAAGGCAUUCAAAAUAUGACUAUAGCUGGAGAACCUUGUAUUAAAUGGUCGCAUCAAUUUCAUUUGCUUCCGUCGGAUUAUCCGGAACUUGCUGGCCACAACUAUUGCAGAAAUCCUGGUAAAACGGAAUCUGAGCCAUUCUGCUACGUUGAGCACAAUAGACAAGAAGUAUGUGGAAUACCUAAAUGUGUGUACGUUUUUGGAACAUAUGUGGUUGGAAUCUUGCUGGUCAUCACAAUUAUCGUGAGCCUAGUAUUUGCCUAUUGUUACUGCAAGAGAAAAGGCAAAAUUGCAAGGAAUCUUCAGAAUAAGGAUUUGCCACAAGUCAACAAAAACAUCUACGGUAACCCAGGCCCUUCGAGUCCCAUAGAACUAAACAGUUUAUUGCCACCAAAUAACAUACCCACGAACCAAAGAAAUCACGCCCACAGCAAAAUCGGUUAUCAGAGUUUGCCGCAGUACACCUACAAGGAAGUCAGGUUUAUUAAGGAACUCGGAGAAGGAGCAUUUGGUAAAGUGUAUCAAGGGGAACUGAAAACUAAGACCGGCAAGGUUUUUGUAGCAGUAAAAUCGCUGAAGGAAAAUGCUUCAGCGAAAACGCAAGCAGAUUUUCAGCGAGAGAUUGAGCUAAUUUCCGAGUUAAAACAUCCAAAUAUUAUUUGUUUGCUUGGGGUGGUUACUAAACAGGAACCUAUGUGCAUGUUGUUUGAAUAUAUGUCAGAGGGCGAUUUGCACGAGUUUUUGAUAGCCAACUCUCCGGAGAAUGCUAGAUGUUUGACGCACGAUCAGUUUUUGGAUAUUGCCAUUCAGAUUGCACAAGGUAUGGAAUAUCUUUCUGAAAACCACUACGUACACAGAGAUUUGGCGGCAAGGAAUUGUUUAGUCUCGAAAAAUUUGGAGGUGAAAAUCAGCGAUUUUGGUCUUAGUAGGGAUAUGUAUUCUUGCGAUUAUUACAGAGUACAAUCCAAAUCACUUUUGCCAGUAAGAUGGAUGCCGCCAGAGUCAAUCCUUUAUGGAAAAUUCACUACGGAAUCCGAUGUUUGGAGUUAUGGGGUCGUUUUAUGGGAAAUUUAUAGUUAUGGUUUACAGCCAUAUUAUGGAUACAAUAACCAAGAAGUGAUAAACAUGAUUCGCUCGAGAAAGUUACUUCCUUGUCCGGACGCCUGUCCUAGUUACUGUUACGCCCUAAUGGUGGAAUGCUGGGCAGAACAGGCCAAUAGGAGGCCCAAUUUCAAAGAAAUAAGCGACAGACUGAAAGUGUGGAAACAGAGUGGAUGUACGAAUGGGGCAUAUUUCAAAUCAGUGCCUUCUUCAUGCCAGCCCACACCACAACGACACUGCUUGAAUGGAUCCAAAUCCAGUCAUACGUCAGAUUCUCAAACUUUAUGUCCAGCUUUGGAAAAUCAGAUCUCAUCCAUAAAUUGGGACAACGAACGACACGCCAGUAAACCUUCAUCAAGUCGACUACAUGACAGCCAAAGCAGUUUAACAUCAGGCAGAUCUUCUAGUUUAGGAAAUACAACUCAAAGCACAAACAUAAGCGCAGAAGGUAGGAGAGCAGAAAGAAGGCACAAAGGCAGCAGGAAUUUGGACUCUUUGGACAGAAUAAAUCCUAAGAGUACUGUUGUUGUUAGUAGUAGUACUAGUGGCGAUAAUUUCGAGACGAAAAUUAGAGAGUGAGAUUAUUUUAGAAUGAAGAAAAAACUAGCUUGUUUUUAAAUUUUGGCAUUUGAUUGAUAGCCAGUCGAUUGAAUAAAUAAAUGAUAAAUAGAAUAAGGCUUUUUAAGGGCUUGUCAACAUUUAUAGUUUGUAUAAUUUUUUUAAUCAAAAUGUUGGCAAUCUUUUAAGUGCCUUCUUUUUGUAUAUUAUAAUAUAUUGUGCAAUUAGCUUUAUCGUUCAUAAAACAUUAACUUGAAAAAAAACUUAUUCUAGAUAGUGCAACCUUCUAGUGAUAAAACAAGAUUUAUUUAAUUUUACUUACCUACUAAAAUUUAGUAAUUAUUCUCUUCUUUCUCUUAUUGUUCCUAUUUUAAUUUUGUUUUAAUCUCUAUUAGGUGUCUGUUUAUAAGAUGUAAGAAGAAUUACUGUAUAUAAAUAAGUAAAUUUAUUGAACAAAAUUAGUCGGAAACUAUGCCAAAAUCGAUGUUAUGUAGUUUGUAUUGAACUGGUCAAUUUAUUAGAUACAAAUUUUUGGCUAGUUUACUGAGUACGUUAUACAAUUGAAUUGUUUUCUCUCUUAUAUUAUUUGUAUACAAUGUUUUAAUUUUAAUUGGUCCCAACUUCAACUUACAUUAUUUAUAUUUUUGGAUUUAUUGUCUAUAAUUUGUUUAUUAUUGUUGUCAACUGCAGGCAGCUAAUUAUUUUAUUAACAAAUUUUAUUUGUAUGUAUAUUUAUUAUUGAGUGUGUCAGUGUGUGUUUAUAUUCUUAAAUAAUUAAAGUUUUUAUAUUAA